AUGUCAUCAUCAUCAUCAUCAUCAUUUGGAGAAAAUAUUAAUAAUCCAUCUCAUCACCGUCAUCACCGUCACCAUCACUCGUCAACAAAGAGAAGAAGUGCAUCAUAUUCUUGUUUUAGUUGCCACAAAGACUCAAUUCCAAUUUUAUCUCGUGAAAGAUACUUUAGCACUCAACAUUUUUGUUCAUUUGGAUGUUUUGAAAAAUCAAAUCAAUCUGAAAAUUCAACACCUUCUUACAGGUUUAAUCCUAUUAUUCAAGUUUAA